GUCUUGAGAACGACCUCUACGUCCGGAAAAUUGAUGGCUAUCUUCCUACUGCCGAAAUUGCUUUUGUGGACGAAAUUUUCAAAGCAAAUUCGGCCAUUCUCAAUGCAUUGCUCACAAUCUUGAAUGAGAGACUGUUUGACAAUGGAAAUGAGAGACUACCAGCACCUCUGUUGUGCCUGGUGGGAGCAUCCAAUGAACUUCCUGAGAGUGAGGAGCUGGAUGCCCUGUAUGAUCGCUUCCUGGUCAGAAGACAAGUUUCCCAAGUCAGUAGUGGACAGCUUGCAAGACUUGCAAGGCUGGCCGCUGGACGUGGGGAUGCUUUGGACGAGUGUGCAUCAAGCGAAAAUGGUGCCCCAAGUCCAGAAGACACAAAGAAAAUCAGCAUGGAGGAGUUCAGGAACACUGCUGCUCAAGCCUAUGAAGCUGUUGAUGUUCCUGAAUCAGUAGUUGACGUUCUUACAAAUCUCAGGGAUCACCUUCAAGACAAGUGUGAACCCCCAAUCUAUGUGUCAGACAGGCGGUUCAUGAAGGCUGUGCAAAUGUUGCAAGUUGCGGCACAUGCUGAUGGCAGAACCGAGGUGAAUGAGUACGACUGUCUUCUGUUGGAGCAUGUCUUUGGCAACCGCCCUGAUGACUCACAGAAGGUCCGAAGCUAUGUGUUGGAUACCAUCGCAUCUGACCCAGGUCUACAGCAGGCAGGAUUAAUGUUUCUGGGACUGUUUGGGCGGUCUAUUCGUAUCCUUGAGUCCGAUGCCUCUGCCGAGUUGUCUGAGGUGCAAGAAGAGGUGUCCAGCUUAGUUGACCUGCUUGAGACCCGCCACAGCGGCUUGACCAAGACAAUGGAUGGCCAGUUCCCUCAACUUCGAUCCACAGUAUGGCAGAGCCAAGGAUCAGUGCAGGCUGCAGUGCAGUCCCUCACACCCCAGAUGACAGAAAACAAGAAGAAGCUUGAAGAUCUGUAUAGAGAGAGCUUUGUCUUGAAGACUUGCCUGGACAAAGCAACGUCGUCUUCGGUGCUUGAGCGGCUGCUUCCAAAGAGAUAUAAGCAAUACCAGAAGGGCAUUUCGGGGAAAGCUUGA